UGUUACUGCGGUACCUCGCUGGCACAGGCUGAGCACCUCAACUGCGUCUUUGAUCAGGUGGCGUCGGCUUGGAUGCCACCUCAAUGCCGCGACGACCAAAUAUCCUCGCAGUUUGAUCAUUCGGGGCCCUUGGAUGGCGGUCGGUGGCCUUAUUACGCAGACAAGAAUGGAACCCAACAGCUAUCCAUACAAGAACUGGCAGAGCUCGGAGGAAAGUUGACACACUAUUACACAACGCUACAGUGGCACCUUGUGCACUGCAACUUCAUCUGGAGAAUGCAGUAUUUGGCCUGGACGGAAGGAUCACUGAUCGUGGGAGAUCGUGACGACACGAUGCACCACAUUACCCACUGC